AUGUGGCUGCAGACCCUCGCCAGCGUAGGCAUGGCCGUAGGGCCGCCGCUCGUCUAUGCCGAUCAAUUCGUGAGCAUCUUGCGACGAAAGGACUCGAGCGGCUUCAGCAUCGACGUCUGCGGUGUCCUCAUCAUCGCCAACAUCACUCGCAUGUUCUUCUGGCUCGGGGAGCGCUUCGAACUGGCGCUGCUCAUCCAAUCUGUGCUCAUGACUCUCGCACAACUCGCCCUGCUCUACGUCUGUCUGCGCUUCAAGCACGAUGAUCCUCACGCGCCUCUGUCGGAGACAUCACUCACGCUCAAGGUAGCCAGAUCGACCAUGCUCAAUCGACCCCUGCAAUUUUGGCAGUGGCCCGCGUACGGCGCCUACAUCGAGUUUAUCGCGGCCUACAUCAUCUUCCUUGCCGUUCUCUUUCUGGCGCUCGGCCGCUUCGAGACAUUUGUCGCCAUAUUGGGCUUCGUCGCUCUGGGGUUGGAGUCAACGCUACCACUACCGCAGCUAUACAUCAAUUGGCAACGCAAGUCGCUAGCGGGAUUCAGAACGACUGUCCUCCUCGGCUGGAUCUUCGGCGACGCUUUCAAGACGCUUUACUUCUUUCUGCAGAAAGGUCCAAUCUCGAUUCAGUUCAAGAUCUGCGGCAUUUUCCAGCUCUCUGUGGACUGUCUGAUAGCUUAUCAGGCGUGGCUCUACCGAGAGAACACAAGGCGUGAAUAUGCGGACGGGCAAGACGAGGGCCUCUUGCGCGAUCCGCUAGGUUCGACAGCAUAG